GGGGCAUGGAAGCACUAUUAUGUUCACUGAUACUCUUUUCACAUGGGUCUAUUCCCUCAGAUUAUCUCCCACGGGACACACACUAUGUUUUGGGGGGUGGUUACUUAGGGAGGAGCAGGAGUGAGGGCACUUCAGUGAUUCUAAGGUGCAGUCAGCAUUAAGAACUAUGUCUUAGACCAAAACAAUGCAGAAGAAAGGGCCCUACAGGGUCUUCCUUGUGCCCCACUCCACCCUAGCCCAGACAGACCCAGAAGGUGAAAGGAACAAGAAAGGAUAAUGUCCAGGAGAGCUCUUCCUCAAAUGAGCGUCCUCUCCUCCACUUUGUUCUCAGACAGUGCAUUUCCUCGUUCUAGGCAAUGAGUACAUGAAACAUGUUAAAUGUCCUUCAGCGUCCCCAGCACGACAUCCAACAGCUGGAACUUCCAUCCAGUCCUUCACAUGAUGGGCAUCUGUGGGAAACCUGCCAGGGGCAACCGAUGUUCAGAGGCAUCCAAAAAAAGUCUCCCACUUCGGCCGCCAUGAAGCCCACUCAUGCAAGCAUCCUCACUUUUCCUUCCUCUCAUGGUUUCUUUGCAGAAGCAAGUGCUCAGGGAAAUCAAGACAGGAGAACGGUCAUGAGCUAUGCCGACAGUCAGCAGCUGAUCCCCGACAGAGACACAGCAGACGCAGACGUUGGCAGCAGACAUAGAAUACAGCAAUGGAGGACUCAUGCCACCUGCUCAUGGGCCCUGCCUCUUCACUGUGGUUCAGGUCCUGGUUCUCAUGGGUUUUCAGGUCCAGCUCCUGACGAAACCAUCCCUGUGGGGAGUGCAGGGGCAGAUGGGGACUCCAUGGAGGCAGCCGACCUGCGACAGCCUUCAGUUCCGACAAAGACACAUCACCUUGCAAAUGACACUCUGCCGUCUGGUUUCUGUGUUUUGUUGUAACAGGUUAAAUGAACCCCUGGGCUUAAUUUUCCCCCUACUUAGUUCUGUGGCAGCAAAGAAAAGUGACUUCUUUUCAUUUCUCAGCUCAAAACUUCUUAAGCUGUGUCUCUUCCUCAUCACCCCUUUGAGAAUAAAAGUCUAGAAAUGAAACACAA